CAAGCACUCCUUCCUCCGUCUCCCUCAUAGUAGCUUUCCACCUGCUUCUAGCCUAUCUACUUCCGGCUUGCACCUCAGACCUCACCUCGCCAUGGGUGGAGCUUCUGACCUUCCUCCAGGGUUCCACUUCUUCCCGUCGGAUGAAGAGCUCGUCGUCCACUUCCUCCGCCACAAAGCCUCCCUGCUUCCAUGCCAGCCAGACAUCGUCCCAACAAUACUUCUGAACCACUACGAUCCAUGGGAACUGAACGACAAAGCACUUCAAGCAGGUAACCAGUGGUACUUCUUCAGUCAUGCAACACAAAGUAGGGUCACACCAAAUGGUUACUGGAGCUCUAUUUGUGCCGAUGAGAUGGUAAAAAGUAGUGGCUGCAACAUCGGCCUGAAGAAGACGCUUGUCUUCUCCAUUGGAGAGCCCUCUGAGGGGAUUGAAACCAACUGGAUCAUGCAUGAGUACCACUUACUAGAUGGGAGGAAGGUGAGUAGCAGUAGCACUUCAACUAGUUCAAGCAGGAAGUUGCACAGGGAGAAAGGUCACUCAAACACAGAGUCCAAUAACUGGGUGAUAUGCCGAGUGUUUGAUUCGACCUGUGGAUCGCAAGCGAACUUCCAUGAGGAGGGCAUGGAGCUUUCAUGCUUAGAUGAGGUGUUCCUAUCCCUCGACGACUAUGAUGAAGUCAGUUUGUCAAAUAAUUAGAACCCUUAUCAGCAGAACUGGUAGUAGGCAUGUACCUAUGGUACCAUUUGAUGUUGAUUCUAGCAGGAAAAGUUACACUCCAAAAGAUCAAAUGAUUUCAUAGGUGUUGAACCUAGACACUGCGUCUAGACCACACAUGUAAUUAUUCUCCACAAAGGACGAGCCACAUGUAACAAACUUGAGUUAGCUUGACGUAACUAUGGCAUUAAUGUGAAUAACCUCCUAUGUUACAAGGUUGCUUA